CCACACUUGUGGCUCAGUACUGUGAAGCAGGAACAUGGGAACACAAACUCAAUCAAGGCUGGCUUGGCAUACGUAAUGGCCAUUCUCCAACCAAGGUUGCUAUUGUUUGUCUACCUCCCGUCAAUUGAUCUAUCCGCCCAGACAGCCGCCUCCUAUAUAAAGAUCAACCCACCACCUUGCGUCGAUCCAUCUUUCUUGCAACCAUCACCUCGAACCCCAUAACCAAAUCUUUCUCCAGCCAUCAUCAACAACAAUCAACAUGCCUCUUAUGUGGACCAAGCACUUCGGUGGCCGUCAUGCUGGCGGUGGUGUCGUAGCUGAUCGCCAUGGCGUUCGCCGUGCCCCCUUCCGCUUCAGCUGCGGACGAUUCAGCUGCUUCCGCUGAGCACCGUACACCUUCCAUCUUCUCCU